CGGGAGGGGGAGAGCAAGAGCGAGAACUGUUCGCAGCCAGCCCAGCCCCUGUACAGGCGCUUGCGAGGAGGGGUGGGAAGUGAGCGUUGCUGCUGGUCGUGGCUUAAACGAGCUGCCUUUUGCAACCGCGAGGAAUUGAUCUAGGCACUAGGGGGGUGCUGGAUGUUCGGCUGGGUGUUCCUGCGGCUCGGCGGCGACAUGGAAAGAGCUCUUUCUGAUUGCAUUUGACUUGCAAUGCCGGCUUCUCUUUGGAAUGCAAAACCGUGCACAGGAUGAAAUCAGGUCACUCUUCCAGAAUGCCAGAGGAAAGUUCCCCAAGGAAGACUCCCCAGAAUGUCCCAUAUCAAGACCUUCCUCAUAUUGUUAAUGCUGAUGGGCAGUACCUGUUCUGCAGAUACUGGAAGCCUGCAGCUAAGCCGAGGGGCCUGGUGUUUGUGGCUCAUGGUGCUGGAGAACACUGCUGUCGCUAUGAUGACCUCGCUCAGAUGUUGACAGGAAUCAACCUUUUUGUAUUUGCUCAUGACCAUGUUGGCCACGGGCAGAGUGAAGGAGACCGUAUGGUCGUGUCAGACUUCCACGUGUUUGUCAGAGACAGCUUGCAGCACAUUGACCUCAUGAAGAAGGAUCACCCAGGCCUCCCUGUGUUCCUUCUAGGGCAUUCCAUGGGAGGAGCCAUCACUAUCCUUGUCGCAUGUGAAAGACCAAACGACUUUUCAGGCUUGGUAUUAAUUUCUCCUUUAGUAGUUGCAAACCCAGAGGUAGCAACGCCAAUCAAGGUUUUUGCUGCUAAAGUGCUUAACUUAGUCCUGCCAAAUCUGUCCCUGGGAGCUAUAGACCCAAGUGUGGUUUCCCGGAACAAAAAAGAGGUGGAAUCUUACGCCACAGACCCACUGGUCCAUCAUGGUGGCAUGAAAGUCUCCUUUGUCAUCCAACUGAUGAAUGCCAUUGCCAAAAUAGAACGCUCUCUCCCUAAACUGACUCUUCCCAUCUUGGUGCUCCAUGGCUCACCUGACAAACUUUGUGAUAUCAAAGGUUCCUAUUUGCUGAUGGAUACUGCUCAAAGUCAAGAUAAAACACUCAAGGUGUAUGAUGAAGCCUAUCACGCCCUCCACAAAGAGCUUCCUGAAGUGACCACGUCUGUCCUUAAGGAAAUAUUAACAUGGAUGAGUCAGAAGGUCUCAGCAGCUGAAAAAGCCCCUCACUCUUAAGGAAAGCCACCUUGAAACUUUCUGAAAUGAUUGUGGGCUAAUCCUGAGGAGGAAAGAUUCUUUUUUCCCCCUUUAACCUCUUUUGGGAAAAGUUUCUCUUAAAUGGACUCCUAAAAUACUUUAUUUUUAAGUAGGCAUUCCUAAGGCAUAGGAUGAAGGAAUACAAGUCAGCCAUUUAAAGAGGUUAUUCUCCUAGAGGAAGUAGCAGGAAAAAGAAUUUCCCAGCUGUGAGUGCUGUGUUAAGGGACUAGAGUCUCUUUCAAAAUCCCGAGCACCCUCUACCCCUGUUCUUCUUUUUCUGAGGAGUUCCUGAGGUGCUGAGAUAAUUUUUUUAAUAUUGCAAUAAUAUUUGGAAUGUGUAAAAGUUUGACAUCUUCCAUGUCAUUCAGUUUCUACUCUUGACAGAUUACAGUUUCUCCCUUCUGUACUUUCAGGAUGGCAAAUAAACCCCAAAGACAGUCAUUGCCAUAUCGAACUAGUUAGAAAAGAAGUCAGACCAGUGAUAGAGUCUUUCCCUGAGAGAUUGCAAAACAUGGCCAGGCCAAAAGGGUAUCUCAGCAUGCUAGCCCUCAUGGGCUGCGAACACGCAGGAGCCCACUAGGCCAUAACGCAGCUUUGCACUCUGAAAUGACAUGGUUUAGAACCAUUUCACAAUCAGCCCCAGAAUUGAGUCCAUAGAGGAGAGGACUAAUUGUAGAACAGUAUAUUUUAAAAGCCUAAGCACACUAAAGACAAUGCUGCUUCCAGAAACCAAAUCUUUCUUCUGUGCAAGAAACUAUUCUGUAAAUACUCAUAGGGGCUGCUUUUCUCGUUAUUUGUGUUACUGAUAACUUAAGAUGUAAAGUCAAAAGUUAUAUUUAAAAGAGAAACUAUUACAUAGAAUAUAUGGUGUUUAUUUAGGUUGCUCAGAGAUAUCUGGAAGAAGGGUGCGAAGUAUGGAAUAAAUAUAGAGGCUAAUAUCCCUACACCUGAGAUCCCUUUAGGGUACUUCCAAGCAGCCCAAAACUUAAUUCUGUUGAGUCUGAAAGCAGUUGUCACUUGCAAACCAGGCUGCAGCCAAGGGUUGCUUUAUCCAUAGUAGUCACGCUCUGGAGCAAGUGAAUUAACACAUGGAAAAUGUAACCUCUAAUUUCCAACUUUUCUUUAGGAGGGAGACAGGACAGAAGUAGUUUGUCUUCUCGCAGUUAAGCAGUUCCUCUCUGUUUUCCCACUGCUUGUUGAAAUUGUUCUAUCCAAUCUUGGAAAAAAUUACAGGGCAGUAAAAGAGAGAGAGAGAGGCCAAAGUGAUAAAAGAGAAGGAAGCACUCAGGGGCCAGAGACAAGGGUUUGGAGUGGCCAGGGGGAGAACAAGUACUGUAAGGUGGUCACGUGUGGGAUUUUAGACAUUUGACCCAUUCAGUAGGGGGAUGUACAGGCCAGCAAGUUGCAGUAUAUUCCUGAAGAGAAAAUGUGCAGUGAUUAGAGCAAGGAAAGCCAGUCGAUAACAUGCCUACUGAUGAGUGCGUGCAUAGAUAUGUGCAAGAGAGGGGGUACUCUUUUUUGAAGAACUAAAAAGAGUGGCAUGGAGUCUCUUCAUUUCAGCAGUUUGAGAUACUAGCCUUCUCUGGAAGUAACUGUAUCAUCUGUCUGCUCUGUGAGGUGAAUGUGAAGGAGCUGCAGAGGGCUAGUCAAAUGCUUGCUAUGCUGCUAUCAAACAGGGCUUCCAGGCAGUUAAAAUCUGUAAAGCUUUGCUGAAAUUCUGCCUCUAAAAGUAGUUUUCCUUUCCCAUUUCCCUGCAAGUGUGCUUCACACAGUGCCUCUCUCAUGUCCCUUAGAAGAAAAUUCUGUUUAGUAUUUCUCCAUACUCCCAAAUCAGUUGCAGAAUAAGAAAACACAGUUAAGGUACAUCCCAGGGCAUGUGACUGGAAGUGUUGCUGCUUUACCAUGGUAUCCCAACUGUUUCACUUAGUACAACACAGCCACCCUGCUGCAAAACAGUCCUGGUUUUCCAAUGCAUUUGGUGCAGAAGACAUACAACUGGGGCCAAGGGCCACUUCAUAAAUUGCAAGUUUGCCACAGAGAAAGCCCUUCCAUCUCUUUUGAUGGAUAAGAGCAGACAUUACACUGUGUGUAAAAGUAGCAAGACACGUGGGUAUAGUUGUCAGAUGUGAAGUUUUGUGCAGUUUUUAAUUAUUCUUCCUAUCUGUAUAUGUUGUCUGUAGGAAAUUUGUAAUAUUUGAAGUCGCCUGUAUUAGCCAGGCACCAAACAAGUGCCAACUGCACAGAUGUCAGAAUGCAGCAGCUGCCUUGCAAGACACCAUUUGACAUACAUUUUAUAAGCCCAGAGGUGCCUGAAAGAUACAAAGCAUCAGCUCCCAACUUACCAAAGCUUCCCUGGCUGAUCAACACUUAUUGCUCACCUCUGACCACUAGACAAGAGACUGUUUACAAGCUUGGGACAUAGAGUGGACUUGAUACUGAGAUAUGCUGGUGAAGCCCACCCAGUUGCGGAAGUUACUUUGGACUUCAAGCCAGAGCUCUGUAGUCCGUAGAUGUACUAGCAAGGCUGAUAAAUGUCCUGAAGGUAAUGGAGCAGAGGGUAGCUGCCUGGAGCUUCUCCAGCAUUCUUUCUAUUGCCUCAGGAAUACCAGGUUGCCGGCACUUUCAAAGGGUGUCAUUCCAGGACCUUGUGGUCUCGUCACAUCUAGUGUUCACCUUCCAGCACUUUAUUGGGGAAGCAUAAUUUGUGGCUGCUGAAACUUUUAGCUGGGCCAGUGGUCUGUAAUAUAAAACCACCCAAACUGCAACAGUUUCACUUCCCACCCACCAAGCCAGUUCUUUUGGGAACUGUGAAAGAGAACCUUGUGCAAUAACAAACAGCCCCCGAAUCUAACUUUAAUUAGCUCUGAUCUGUUCUCUAAUAGGGUGUGAGUGGCAGAAGCUUAACACAUCACAAGACCUCUGAAAGAGAACCUCUGUAGGAGUGAGUGUGUGUGUAUUUUUUUUAACGACCAGGCUGUGGCAAAUUAUACAGGAAUACACACACACACGACUUUACAGGAUUAGUUACGGCCAUUAUACAAUGCCUCAAGCUCCAUUUGAUAAGGUCUAGAUUAGCUCCUGGUUGUAAGUUUUAUAAGUCAUUUCACAGUACAGAGGAAGUCUUUUUAGAGUGAAGUUAUGCCAGGUGGAGCAAUGCAGCAAAAGCUGAGUUGUGUGGAUUAUCAAAAUGCAGUCUGAGCUGUGGUAAGAGAUUGGUGGUGAAGUGCUGGCUGUUGUGUAUGGAUAGCAAGAGGUAUUUCAGGAACAGGCCCAGUGAAUUAGAUGGCGCAUGGCUCCUCCGUUGUGAUGAUAGGAUUCAUUCCCCACUUUAUUUUCAUGAGCGAAGGAAUCAGGCAUACUGCUUUAUCAGAGGAUGGUUGGUGACUAGCAAGCGUCACCAUCCUCUGAUGGUGAUUUUCUGGCCUUAAAAACCAUCAAGGUCCUGCCUGUUUAGCAACAGAUGACGCUUGGAUAAAGAUGUAUUUUUUAAAAAGCAACUAAGGUGGCAGUUAUUCCAAAGAUGUAUGCAUUAGCUUAAUUCUUCACCUAGUGAAAUGAAUUUAGGGUUAGACACAGUGACAAGGAAAACUAGUUGCUUACUUUGGAGGGAGAAAAUGUGACCAAGUGCUUUUAAAAAAAAUGGCCUCCUUGCACAUGUCAGGGCACACGGCUCUGCUGGUUCCUGAUAUACAAGGCCAGGCAAGGUCCUCGGUUCAGUGCCUUUGCAUCAGUUUGUCCAUAGAAUGUCUGCUGUAGCUCCAGAGCUCUGAAGCAAAUGCAGAAAGAUUCAGAAUGUAUUUGCUCAGCUCUCAGCAAGGUCAUGUAGGGUCAAGUCAUUUUGAUAAAUAUCUUUUGAUGAAAUCUGAUGGUCAAGGCAAGUAAGGGAGGUCCUGUUCACCCAAGAGCUGCCGUGAGAACAUAAGCCGCCGCCACCCCCUGCAUCCAGCAACCUUUUUGUCAAUCCUUUCAGUAAGGAGCCCCUUAAAGGAGUAGGAGCUGGCCACUGAACACUUUUGAAGAGGCGAGUUUAAAUUAUUCCUCUUUACUGAUGUCAGAGAAUCACAAAGAUUCACACUGACAGCUGGAAUUUUUCAAAAUCGAUGUUUUAACAUCAAGUUAUCCUAAGGUUUUCCAAGUUGCAGUUCAAGAAGUCUGUGCUCGUCUUUCAAUUUCCAAGAGGCUGUAGAGAAAGUCACUGGGAGUUACCCUAGCUGGUGACCCAAAAUAGCUGUAGAAGUUGCAAGGCCUAUUAAGGGAAGGAGAGGGCAACACUGGCACUUGGCAAGCUGUUUGCAACCAGACCUGUGGUGGUCCAGCUGUGCAAUGGAGAUGAAAAUGAAAGUAGACAGCAGUACUUAUGUGGGCCUGGUGAGCUGAGCUUUGGAUCCAGGACCCCGUUUGGAUAAUCAGCAUCAAACUCAACUGAAGACCUUGAGGCAGCCUCUUGAAAGGGCACCAGUGGCCCUUCCUCAGGCAUGCGCACCUCGCGAGCCACACACUUGAAUGUGCUCCGGCAGCCACAUACUGCUAACCUCCAAACUGCUUGGUCUCCUGUUUCUGCAGUCCCUGGCUAGCAGUAAAAUGAAAACGCUUAAACUCAUGGUAGAUCACUAUGCUGAGCUGCAUUCAACUUGAUGAUGGGUCGCAAGUGGCGUGAGCCUGUCCCCACAUUAAGGCCCAGCAGGAGGAAGACCCGUUUGCAAGAAGCAUCCACCAAGCUGUAUUUUCUGAUACGUGCAGUUUAUGGGGAGCUGAGUUCAGACUAUCAUCAGUUUCCAGACUGCCAUCCUGGGACCAACAGGGAGUUUCCCUUUGAAAACAGUUCUUUUUUGACAGAGCAAUAGUUGUCUGUAACUAAUGUAUAUAUCACCAAUAUAUGCACUGGCUGUGGCAUGACACCAACCUACUCAUAACAUGUGUGGCAUAACGUUUUAUAAUGAGCCUGCUCUUUUUAUAACCAUCACCUUACCACUUUAAUGGCAUAACAUUAUCAAAAUAACUUAUUUUUCCAAGUAAUUUCUGAGCCACUGUAUCUUGUUCCAUUUGUGCUCCAACUCAGUACUUUAGAUUCUCUCACACAAACACUUGUACUUACAGCAAAAAGAAUGUGUACAAUUUAGGGUUCUUUGGGGGGGGGGAAUACAAAUGUAUAUUGGCACUAAUAAUAAAAAUAUGUUUUCUGA